AUGGAUUCAAAUAAGGUGGUUCUACCGGAGCGUAAACAAUGGACUAAUCCUAUUGAGUUCUUUUUAACAUUGGUAGCAUUUGCUGUCGGCUUAGGAAAUGUUUGGCGUUUUCCAUAUCUUUGUUUUAAAAAUGGAGGAGGUGCAUUUCUUAUACCAUAUACAUUAAUGCUUAUUUUUAUUGGUGCACCUGUGUUCUAUCUUGAAUUAACGUUAGGACAAUUCACUAGUACUGGUCCAUUAGCCGUUUGGAACGUCAAUCCAUUAUUACGAGGUAUUGGUUAUGCAUCAAUGGCUACAAAUUGUUUUUGGGGUCUAUAUUAUAUGGUACUCAUUGCUUAUUGUUUUUAUUAUCUAAUAGCAUCGUUUCAACUUAUUGUACCAUGGUCAACAUGUGAUAAUUGGUGGAAUACACUAUUAUGUACUGAUAAAAGAAUGUUAGCUAAUUUAAGUCGAAUUGAUUUGCUUUCGAUGAAAAAUAUGACAAGUUCGCCUAGUGAAGAAUAUUUUUAUCGUCGAGUACUACAAAUAAGUAGUGGAGUCGAAAAUACAAAUGGUAUCGUUAUUGAAUUAGUUGUUGCUUUAGCAGUUGCUUGGCUAAUUUGUUUUUUGGCAUUAUCAAAAGGUGUUCAAUCAUUGGGCAAAGUUGCAUAUUUUACUGCUUUAUUUCCUUAUGUAAUGUUAACUGUUUUAAUUAUUCGUGGAGCAACAUUGAGUGGUGCUAUUGAAGGUAUUAAAUUCUAUAUGGGAACAGUUAAUUUCAGUGUAUUAAAAAAUCCAUCUGUAUGGAAAGAUGCAUGUACACAAGUAUUUUAUGCAUUAAGUUGUUGUAGUGGUGGUCUUAUUGCUAUGGCGUCAUUUAAUGAUUUUAAUAAUAAUAUCUAUCGUGAUACUUUGGCUAUUUGUCUUGUUACAUGGUUUACAAGUAUUUUUGGUGGAUUUGCAAUUUUUACUGUUUUAGGUCAUAUGGCUUCAAAAAUGGGUAUGAGUGUUGCUGAUGUAGCUAAAGGAGGACCUGGUCUAGCCUUUGUUGUCUUUCCGGAAGGUCUAUCAAUGAUGCCAUUUGCACCUCUAUGGUGUGUUCUAUUCUUUUUAAUGAUGUGUACACUUGGUUUUGGUUCAGAAUUUUCUAUUAUGGAAACAAUAAUGGCUAGCAUUAUUGAUGAAUAUAAAAUAUAUUUAAAUACACCGAAGAAAAUUGUUAUAUUUCGAUUUUGUGUAUCAUUAGUUUUUUUUUUGCUUGGCUUGUUCAUGGGUGGUCUGUAUGUUUUGAAUAUAAUUGAUCAAUCUCUCGGUGGUUUUCCUUGGUUAAUUAUCGGUGUGAUUGAAUUAUUUUGUAUUGCAUGGAUUUAUGGUAUAGAUAAUUUUUGUGAUGAUAUUGCAUUAAUGUUAGGUAAAGAACGACGUCCAAGUAAAUUCUGGCAAAUAUGUUGGAAAUAUAUAUCACCAAUUAUUCUUCUUUCUACAAUCAUAUUUUCUUCUCUAUUCUACCAAGAUAUAACACUAGAUGAUUAUACAUAUCCAUCAUGGGCACUUGCGCUCGGUUGGAUAGUAGUAAUCCUAUGUCUUGGUUGGCUUCCAUUUAUCUUUUUUAUUGAAAUUUGUCAUCGUGGAACAUGGAAUAUCAUUAAAGAAGCUCGUUUACCUCAUGUUCAAUGGGGACCAGCAAAAGAUGAACAUCGUCAAUUAUCAACUCGUUACGCACGAAAUAUGAAAAUGAAAACACUUAGUAUGCAAACCUUAUCGACCAUUGAUAGUUCUACCUUUGAUUCAGAUGCGAUAGUCGAUGCAAACUUUUCUGUCAAGCAAAUGGCGGAUACACCAAUUACAUCUUUUUAA